UAGUGAUGCCUGCAGUAGAUAUAUGUAAUUGAUAAACAAAAUUAAGCUAAAUCUUUUCUCAUUAAAUCGAGUUGCCUAGUUACGCAGGCGGUAAGGAACCUGUUGAAUUACGUUGUUUAUGCAUUUAGGAUGAUGGCUUCCCUUUUUAACAAAGUCAUAAUUAUAACAGGUGCUAAUUCUGGAAUAGGAGCUGCAACUGCACUUGCAUUCGCCAAAGCUGGUGCAAGGUUAGUUUUAGCGGCACGGAAUCUGGAGAAACUAAACAAUGUAGCUAAUGAAUGCUCGGCUAAGGGACUACCACAAGAAAAGGUGUUAGUCAAAGGAUGUGAUGUCACGAAUGAAGAAAAUUUGAAAGGUUUGGUUGGAUCGACUCUAGAGAAAUACGGACAAAUCGACGUACUGGUGAACAAUGCAGGGAGUGGUCGAUACGUCAAUUAUCUUGAAACAACAAGGGAUGUGUUCGAUACUACCUUUAACCUCAACAUCCGCGCCCCUUUUUUUCUCACCAAGAUGUGUACUACUCACUUGCAGAAAACUAAAGGAUGUGUGGUAAAUGUGUCAAGCCUUGCAGGACAACGUACUUUUCCGAUUGCGAUGGUGUACGGUAUGAGUAAAGCAGCAAUGGACCAGUUUACCAGGACUCUCGCUAUUGAUUUAGCCAAAGAAAAUGUUCGGGUUAAUUCAGUUAACCCUGGGGUUAUCAAGAGUUUUGAAUUUCAGAAGAGAGCAGGAAUGACGGAGCAAAUCUACAACCAAUACAUAGAAAAGCAGAAGGAACUGCAGCCUCUGACGGGAGCUGUUGAACCGGAAGAGGUUGCCAAGGUGAUCCUGUUUCUAGCCUCGGACCAAUCAUCAUCGAUCACAGGAGAACUAAUUUAUGUGGAUGGAGGGCGUCACGCCGUAAUGCCCCUGUGAUGUAAAUUACAUUUUUGGUUUAUAGAAUAAUAUGGCCUGAGAGAUUUUCGGACUUUCAGAUUUUAUGUCAAUUGCCCCCCUAAAGUGAAAAUCAAAAUCUCCUAUGCCUCCCUCGCUUAUCUUUCACAGCCUUGAUUCUACUCUGAAUGGAGUUCUUCAGUGCAUUUAUCUUUUACAAAUAUUAUUAAACCAUUCCAACGAUGCAGCCCUUAGCUGGUGGAGCGACAUGCAAACAAUAAAUUUUAGUUUUAAAAUGCACAUUUUAAAGAAUCCAGACAUACAAACGGUAGAGAAAUAACUAAAGAAAAUCUGCAUUGUGACUUUUUUAUGUAAAAUUAUGCAUCUGGGGAUGCAUAAUCAGUAAUGAUGCUUUGGAUGUUGGUUUUUGGGAUUAAUAAUGGUGCUAUUUUUAUAACGAGAUCCAUCCCAAAGUGAAUACAAAUCCAACAAUAGCCAAACUUGCAAAGAUUGGAGAAUACAUACAUCAUGUUUCAGAUUUUGCUUGAUGACCUUCAUUUUACAGCUUCAGGACUAAUCAUUCUGGUAAUGGUAAAUCUUACGUAAUCCAAAUUUUGAAUAUGCAUUUACAUAUUAAAUAUUUAUUUGGCAAA